AAAUGUCCAGCAGGCCAGGUGCCGUGGUACGGCCGCGGUACGUCAAGGCUUCUAGAAUUCGACGCAUCACCAAGGCACCGGUGCUCGACCUCCACGUCCCGUCCCACCACCAACCAGCCUUGCCCAACAUGAAGCCGCCCACGAGGCUUGCCGGCCAGGCCCUACCCCGAAUUGUAGCCACUGGCCGACACAGCUGCCCGAGAACCCAGCCCAUAGCCUCCAGAGCCCUCCACUUCUCAGCCGCCGACCCGGCCAACGUCGCCCCCUUCUGCGCGACCGGUCCCCCUCCGGAACCACCACAGCCCGCUGCCGAACACCCAUAUGCCAAGGCGGAGAGGAGAAGGAAGCAGGCUGAGCUGCUCAAGAAUGCAAAGGGGCUGCGGGAUGCUAGCACCGGCAAGAGCCCCGGGAAGUCACCGCUGAAGAAGCGCUUCUGGCAAGACGUCCACAUCAAAGAGGUCCAAGGUGCCUGCACCCACCCAGGCUCCUACCAGAUCUUUCUCGACUCCCGGCCCCUCCGCCACCCAACAACCAAGACAAUAGUGAACGUGCCUCUCUCCAAGCCGUACCUGGCACACGCCCUUGCCCUCGAGUGGGACCUCCUGACCUCGGCCCAGCAGGCAACCAAGAACCACCUGAUUCCUCUGACUUCCAUUGUGUGCCGCGCCCUUGACAUUGCCGAAGACGACGCCAAGCACCACCAAGAGGGCGGCAGCAGUGGCUUUGCGCCCACCCGCACCGCCAUCACCGAGGUCCUCAUGCGCUACCUCGACACCGACUCGCUGCUGUGCUGGGCACCGCUCCCCGACGAGCCACUCGGCCCGGGUGAGGUGCCCCUCAGGGAGCUCCAGGAGCGCACGGCUGGACAGAUCAUAGGGUACCUGAGCACCCAUGUCUGGCCUGGUGUGGAGAUUGAGCCGGUCCUGGACGAGGGUUUGCUGCUGCCCAAGGAGCAGAAGCCAGGUGUCAGGGAGGUUAUCCAGGGAUGGGUGAUGGGCCUUGACGCCUGGGACCUCGCUGGUUUGGAGAGGGCUGCUCUAGCUGGGAAGAGCUUGCUGGGUGCGGCCAGGCUGGUGGUAGAGUGGAGUGAAGGCAGUGCAGGCCGUGCUGUAAGGGACGCCCCUCCCGGUGGGGAGAAGCCAAAGCAUCACAAAAGGACAUUUGGGGUUGAAGAGGCGGCUAAGGCGUCAAGUCUGGAGGUGGACUGGCAAACAGGCAAGUGGGGCGAGGUUGAGGAUACCCAUGAUGUAGAGAAGGAAGACCUGCGCAGGCAGCUGGGAAGCACAGUGCUCCUGGUCUCAGGCAAAGGGACCUGGUAGAUAGCUGACAUGUCUUGAACGAUAUCAUAUAGAACGUUAGACGGGGUCAUCCUGGCCAGUAAGACUCGGGCACGGUGCAUAUCUUCUUGGCCCUAGAGCAUACUUCUUUGGUCAGAUGCCUCUGAAAGCUAUUAAGGCUCUUCUCUGAUCUAAUUGGGUCUUUGAUCUUAAGCCGCAGUGUGUGGUAUGGUCACAACAUUGCCUGUUCAUCCAGCCAAAUCAGCAAUGUAUGACCUCCCGAGCCUUCCACCGCUGUGAACAAACCACCAAACCGCAGGUGUCCCCAGCCUCAAAAUAAAAAUACCUGAUAAAAGCCAAUAUGGGCCGAGAGGCCUGUGUGUCUUCAAACCCGCGGCUCUUAAGCCCCAAGACAACCACCCUACCUUGAUAGCAAAUCAUUGUGCGCCACUGUCCCCACAAACUUGUGC